AUCGGGUUGCGGAAGAAAAUCGGAAGUGACGCAACCUCUCCGGUCUCGAACCAUGCUUGAAUGGAGGUGACCUUAGUUCCAGUGAAAUUGUUGAAGUGAGGAGAGUCUCUGGUCGGUCUGAGCGCAGUGAAACCUCCUCGGUCCGGUUCGGUUUAAUGCUCGGUCCGUCCUGAGGCUCUCUGAGGUUCCGGGACGCUGAGAGGAAGCAGAGAUGGCGGAAGCUCACCAGACACGCGUGCAGGCGGCGGUGGAAGAAAUGGUCCAAAGCCUGGAGAAGGAGCACAUCCGCAAAAUGCAGGGUCGCAUGUUCAAGUGCAGCGCCGACUGCUGCGAACGCUCCACAGACUCCAUGUCUCAGGUGCAUCAGUGCAUCGAAAGGUGUCACACUCCUCUGGCCCAGGCUCAGGGUCUGGUCACGUCAGAGCUGGAGAAGUUUCAGGACCGUUUGACCAGAUGCACGAUGCACUGCAACGACAAAGCGAAAGAUCUUUUCGACUCCGGCGCCAAAGAACCAGCCGUUCGAUCCCUGAUGGAGCGCUGCGUGGGCAGCUGUGUGGACGACCACGUUAGCCUGAUCCCCAGCAUGACCCGGAGACUCAAAGAGAACCUGGACUCUAUACAGCAGUGAGGAGCAGGACGGGCGGCUUGUAGUCCGUCUUUAUCUUAGAAUGGGCUCAUUAGACACAGUUACAGCAGAGCAGGGUUAGUCGACUGAGGAGGGCAGGAAGAGGAGAAAAAGUAGGGAGAGUGAAGUUUAAAGAGCCCCAAAACUGUGAGAUUUGUUAUUGAAGCUGUUGGUGUAUCUGUAAGAUGGUGUCACGUUAUCAUAUGUGAAAAGAUAUUAGCUCAGUAAGUGUAUUCUGAUAUACAGAGCUACACAAUUCACAUGAAGGUUUUUAUAUUCAGAUCUCCUCAGUGGUAUUAAUCGGUAAAGUUCCUCAUCUCAUCCCUCUUUUUUUGUCAUUUUACUGUAAGUAAUUCAGAUGUGUUUAUAUCUAGAUUAAACGAAUGGAAACUUGUUUUUGAUUGCAUUAGUCUGGUAAUAAACAGCUCUGUAUGCAGAUAAGUGAACAAAGCAACGACAA